UGGAAAAACAUAGUGAAAUGUGAUUAGAUUAGACUAAAUUAAAAGUAAUAACAGAACGUAGUCUUAGAGAUCUAUUAUAGAUCUGUUAGAUAAGAAUGGAAGAUUCAAGAUUUAUAUUGAUAAAUGGUGUUCAAAAUUUUAAUAGUCUUUAUUUAGCUAUAUAUAAAAAUAUAAGGGAAUUAGGAGUAAAGCUCCCUAAAGUUAAAAAAUUGAAUAAGUUGAACCAGUCACGCAGGAGUUUAUCAGCAUCAUCUUUAUUAGCAUCAGGACAACAGGAUGAAAACUUGAGAUGCAAGAUAUUUGGCGAGCCCCUCUACAGUAUUUCCACAAACUAUCUUCCAAACUAUGGCUAUGUACCAGAAUUUCUGGUGAAGUCUUGUGAAAUAAUUGACCAACAUCUCGAAAGUGAAGGAGUUUUUAGGAAAUCUGGAUCAGUUUGCAGACAGAAAGAGCUUCGGUUUGCUGUUGAAGAUGGCAAAUCACUGAAUGGAGCCAAUGUAUUUGAUACAGCUGUGUUAAUUAAACAGUUCUUCAGAGAGCUACCUGAACCCUUGUUUCUCACCAUAUUUCUGGAUGCCCUUAUCAGAUGUUACCAACUGCCACCAGAUAAAGAUCCUAAAAAAGCCAUUCUGCAACUAUGUUUGUUGUUGCCCCUAGAAAAUAUAGGGACUUUACGAUACACCAUGCACAUGCUGUACAGGGUGGCAGCCAGAUGUGAUAAAAAUAAAAUGACAGCCAACAAUCUGGCCCUUAUCAUGGCCCCGAAUAUAAUGCACAACAACAAGGGCACCCUGAAGAUGAGCUCGUCAGAGGAAAAGCUCCUUCACAUUCAGACAUAUAUCGUGGAACUGCUCAUCAAAAACUGGGACCAGAUAGGGAUAGUCACUUCAUCCUUACAACAUCAGAUGGGAUUACUAUCAGAAGGUUUUGCUACUGAUGAUGACUUGGAUGCCAGUGAUGACAAUACACUUGAGGAGUCUAAAAAUGUGUCCAAAAAGAUCAGGAGAAAGAGAAGUGGUUCAUUAACAGAUUUAGUGAGCUCUAUUGCCCACGGUUUGUCCAAACUUCGUCGUAGCACAGAUGGUAAAGGUGGCAACAUGUCAUUAAACAGUUCCCAGAAAGGGGAAGUUUCGAUCACCUCCUUCCAGCCCAGCACUGCCACCAAACAACAAACUCAAGAAAUACCAGCAGAUGCUGUCACUCCUUGUGUCAUGAGGAAACGGAGAGCCUCUGGAGACACUGUGCCAUUCUCCACCUCCAAAAAGCAAGCCAUUCUGGGAUAUCUCCCUCAGAAGUCUGCUCUUGCAUCAACUCCAUUCACUCCCUCUUCAACUUUAACCAAAAAUCAAGUUCCUAGUGCAAUUAACGUUACUACACCAGCUAUAGGAAGUAAAUCUCGAAAGAAGCUAAGCUUGUUUUUAUCUCCAGGUAGUAGAAACAAGACAAAAGAGCAGACUUCAACCUCCCUCACCUCUGAAUCACCGCCAGAUCUUAGAAAAAAUAAACCUUUGAAAAGUAAAAAUAUCUUUAAGAGACUCAGUGGCAGUCGUACAGAGAAGGUCAGUGAUGAUGUCCCUAUGCCUCGCAGUGUUUCAUCGCCAACACUAAAUGAAGUAGACUAUAGAGCCGAUGUUGUCUCGUCACUGUCUCUUCCUAACCCAGGCUCCUGUCACACCACCUCUCUCCAGUCAUUGCUUAGUGCAGAUAGCUUACUUUCACUUGACAGCGGAACAUCCCAUGACAUGUCAGAGUCUGUAUCCGCUUUCAACAUUUCACCAGACAGUGGGAAAGGCUCCAUGCUUGGAGAGAGCUCUUAUGAUUUCACCAUACCGUCUCAUUUCAUGAGUACGCAUACUGGAAAGUUUGAGGCUCCAAGUAAUAUUGACCAGGUGACACACCAUCCUAGUAUUCAAGACCAAAUCCCACAUCAACUGGAGCAAAGCCAUGGUCUGACAAUGCUUUGUGAAAACUAUUUAACCUCUGACGAAGAUGAUUCCUCAAACCUCAGAAACCAUAUGAUUUCCAGGGAAGGCUCUCACCUUAAUGAAUUAAAAAAUAUGCCAAAAAAGACAAAUAUAUCAAGAAACAAGUCUGUCUCUGCUGAGGACUUACAAUCUGGCAAGCUGAAAGUGGAUGUCCCUGUCAGAGUACACAGCUUGUAUGAGAUUCCCAGUAAGCAGCACAAUGUCAAACCUCAUUUACAUAUCAGUAAGCAGACGCACAAUAUGCUGGCCAAGGCUGGCUACAUUUCUCCAACAAGCUGUGAUUCUAAUGAGAUUCACAUGCCUGUGAAGUCUCCCAAACGUUUAGGUUACAGAGAGGAAUUAAUGCUUUCUCUAAGGUCUAGCUUACAUGAACGCCAUUCACAUAAUAAUAAUCACUUGUUCAGAUCACUGAGAGGGCUCCCUGAUUCUUCCACUCAGGAUGGAAACCAUAGUUCAAAUUAUAUAAAAUUAAAAAAGGAUCAUGAGGUUAAUGCAUCGGGUAGCGAUGAGGGUGUAAUAACACAGGAAGAAAGUCCUUUGUCCAAAGAGGGGCAUUUAGAGUUGUCUCUGAAUGAAGUUAUGGAGACAGAAGUGGAUGUGACAGGAAUAGAACAAGAUUUGGAGACUGACGUGGAUGUGACAGGUUUAGAAAAAGAUAUGGUGGAGACUGACGUGGAUGUGACAGGUUUAGAAAAAGAUAUGGUGGAGACAGAAGUGGAUGUGACAGGUUUAGAAAAAGAUAUGGUGGAGACUGACGUGGAUGUGACAGGUUUAGAAAAAGAUAUGGUGGAGACAGAAGUGGAUGUGACAGGUUUAGAAAAAGAUAUGGUGGAGACAGAAUUGGAUGUGACAGGUUUAGAAAAAGAUAUGGUGGAGACUGACGUGGAUGUGACAGGUUUAGAAAAAGAUAUGGUGGAGACAGAAGUGGAUGUGACAGGUUUAGAAAAGGAUAUGGUGGAGACAGAAGUGGAUGUGACAGGGUUAGAUGUUUCUGAGACUAGUUCUCUGCAAAACAAUGCCAUGGAUGUGAAGUUAGAUGUUUCUGAGACUAGUUCUCUGCAAAACAAUGCCAUGGAUGUGAAGUUAGAUGUUACAACUAUCACAGAUUCUGACAAGUUAACUAAUCAAGUCUCGGACACAGAAGUUGAUGUGACCAGUAAAGCUAAAGUGAUUGGCAAUGUUGCAGAUAAUCAACCUGAUAAAACAGACAUAGAAAUUAGUGAGAUAGAUAAUGCCCCUGACAUUGAAAUGGAUAUAACGAAUGAUGUUGGUAUUGAAGUUGAUUUAACAAAUAUCAAUACUUCUAAAGAUACUAAUGAAACAAAUAUAAACCAAACAGAUGCCAAUAUACUGACAAAACCUAGUGUCAAUGAAACCAACCAAGCUCCAGUUAUCAAUCACAGUCUAAAAGACAUCAAGGCAUCCCUAACUCUGUCUGGUAUCUUAGACCAAGAGAUUGUCAACCAAGUCGAGAUAAAAAGAGCUGAAGUCUUGCUGCAGAAACGUGAGAGUGUUCUCAAUAUUUCUCAUGCUGGACUUGUUGCUCAGAGCAUCAAACAGUUCAAUGCAGGCAGUAACCAGGGACAGAUAAAGCCUUUGGUACCAAAAAGAGGGACAUCCCCCAUAAGGAUUCCAAAAAUAUUCACCAAAACUAGUUGUUCAAAGUCUCCUUUGAAAGAAUCCAAUUCCAGCCUUCUGUCAACAACUACAGCAGGAAAUGGUCCUGAAAAUGAACUGUUACAAGCAGCAAUAAAAACACCUCUGAAACUGCUGAACCCAGUGUCUCUAAAGACACCCACUUCUACUAGAACUCAGCGGCCACACAUAAAACGCCUUAAAGUACAUUAUUCACCUCGGAAAAUAAAUCACAGGUCACCAAAGUUGGGUGGUGCAGUCAAGUCUCCUUCUGGCAUGAGUCAACAACAGUCCGUAGAUUGAACUUCGUAAGCUGACCUGUAGAUUAUACAAAAAGGACAGCUACUCCCGGCUAUAGACAAAAGAAUUUCUAGUCAGGAAGCACAACUCUGUCCAUUUUGUUAGUUAACAAUCAAACCGAAUGUUCUGUAUGGAUAGUUUCUCUUCUUGUUCAUGUACCAGUAUUUGAGAAAACACAAUUUAUCUUAAAACUUUUUUUUAUACCAGUAUUGAAAAUUGUCUUUCAUUGAAAGUGUGCAACAUUUUGUUAUGUCCUAAAAGCUAAAGAUUUAUUUAGCACUUGGAUCUGAUAUACACUUUGUACAUAAACCUUCUCACUUUUCCUUUGACUAUUCGUGAAAGUUUCACCAUUUCUCAAAGAUGUUCCGAAUAAAAUGGCUUUAACUCUUUGUUUCCUAAUUAAUCGUUGAUUUGAUCCCAUUAAAUUAAUUUUUGUUUUUAUAAACUUUAAUUUGUGUUUUGUAAAAAGAGCAUGCAUUCUCCUAAAAGUCUAUACCAAAAGUACUGUUUUCUGAUUACAAACAAAAAAAGUUUAAUGAUAACAGGUAUGAUGUGAAAAAUGAACAAUUCUGUCAGAAUGUGAAGAAAAUAAUUACAGAGUUCAGUCUCCCUUACUAUAUCUGGUCAAGAAUGGCACAAAGUUAUUGAGCUCUACUGCCUUUUUUUUCUACAGCAUAUAUGAUAGUAAGAAUGUUAAAAAAUAAUGAUGUAAAUACUUAUUAGUGUGUGUGUGUGAUACAGCUGUGUGUGUGUAGGCAUGAUUGACAUAUAUGUGUAAUUAUACUAGGUCAUCUAGGCAGCUGCUGUCAAACUGGUGGUAUGUCUUCAUCAACACAGAGUGUUUUGUAAAUAGCAAUGAAUUAAAAAAAUGAUGUAUUUAUUUAUUAUACAAAGAAAAAGUUAUUUUAUUAUUGCCCUUGAACUGUGUAACAAAGAGUCUUAUUCUCUGCAAUUUGAUUGUAAAGCCUCAGGAUUAAUAGCAGCUUUGUUUACAUAUCAGCUGUGAGUUGUUUUCUUGUUCAAUAAUCAAGAUACAGCUUAUCAUGAUACAGCUUGCUCAAUUACCAUGAUUAGAUCUUUCAAUUAUCAUGAUACAAUUUGCUCAAUAGUCAUGAUAGCAGCACAUCUUGCUAAAUUUUAUUGACCAUAUUAUAUUGAAUAAUUUUAAACCUAUAUUUACACUUUAUUUUUUAUAUAUAUAGUUUUGUUUUUCCUGGACAGUGGCUAAUCUUAUUGUUGAUGUUCUAUGGAAGGACAGGGAGUUGAAUAGUGGUGAACUAAGUUACUGGUCUUGGAUGAUCUAGCUGGUGAAGGCUGACCUGGUAUUUGAGGACAUCAACCAGAUCAGAAGAUAUUGAUGUUUGUGUACUCAAAACUGCACCCUUAUGCCACAUCCACUUCUUGUGGGCCUGCCUGAUUUUUUUUUUUUCAAGCAGACCACCACAAGUUGCUAAAAAAAAAUAUGAUAAUUUAAAAAAAAAUGUAUUACCAAAAUAUUAAUUACACAUGAAUGGUAGAAAAAAAAAAGAAAAUUAUAUCAGGUUUCAACAUCUGGGUGUUUUGUACUUAGGUCUCAGUCACACAUGAUUCAGUAUUAUACCAAUACAGUAUUAUUUUUUUUUAGUGAGAGCAUAGUUAAAAAAAAAACCAACAGUUUUUGGUGUUCUGAUUCUGGAGGAAACUGGCAAAUUUCCAUUGACAUCUUAAGAACAUGACAUUAGAGCAUUAUCAAGCUCAUGCAACUGUUUAGGGACAAAUAUGCACAGCUAUUCUGUAACACACUCUCCUUAUUUACAAGGAAUCAGGGAGAAUUAGACUUAAUUAACACAUAACAAUAUUGCUCAGUUUCAAAACAUAUUGCUGUAUUUACUAUAGGGUUUGUGUUCAACAUUGAAGAAUUCAAACUGAAGAUUGCCUGUUUGUCUUUAUUUUUUUAUUUUACAUAUCAGUGACCAGGGCCAAUAAUUCUACUGUUGUAUAUAUAAGUUGGGUUUAUGUACCCUUGUUAAUGUUUUUUUUUUUUUUAAAUUAUAAACUUUAGUUAUAAGCUUGUAUUUUAAUUUAGUGUUUAUGCAUUGUCCUAGAAUGAAUGAUAUUAAACAAAUAACAAUGUCCCAUGAAGAUUUACAAUGUAUGCAUUAUGUAGAGUCAGAGUUCAUCCACUUUUUGAAGAAUCUUAUACAAACACUUUACAUGUUCUCUGAAGGUUGGAUACUUUUAGUAUUCUAUUAUAGUUAUGGCCAGGUAAUGGCAUUAAUCUUUUUUUUUUCCAACAAAACUUCAGUGACCAGUCUCUACGUAUAGGUCAAAAGUUCACACUCAAGAGCGUGAAUACAGAAUCAAGUUCAACAUAUAUUGCCUAUUAUAAAACAUAAAAAUUAUUAAGACAACUCUUGUCUCAGGUUUUGAUGCAUUUGUGACUCUACGGUCAAUAUUUUGUUUUUGGUACUCAAUCAAAUAAAAACUAGAUUAUUGGCACUUUUAAA